CCCGGGGAGCGCCACCCGGCGAUGGGGGACACAGCCGCGGGGGAGGGGUCCCUCUGCGUGAUCCGGGAGGGUCUCGGCGAGGGCCUGAUCGACUCCGAGGUGGCGCGCAGGACCUGCCAGGAGGUGCUGGCCAAGGUCAAGCAGCUGAGGGGGAGUUGCUCGGAAGAAGGAGGAGGAGGAGGGGGUGCCGCGGCACCGGAGGACAACGCCGAGGUGGGGAGCCCCCCUCCGGUCGCCAACGGGCUGUCGGCCUGCCGCAUACGAGAGGAGGAGGAGGAGGAGGAGGGAGAGGGCGCGGCGCAGCGGGCCUGUCACACGGUGAGGGCCGCGCGCCGGCGCCAGCGUUACAACCCAGCCAGACAGUCUUGGUUGCUUCGGCUGUUCGAGUCCAAGCUGUUCGACAUCUCCAUGGCCAUCUCGUACCUGUACAACUCCAAGGAGCCUGGUGUUCAGGCCUACAUCGGCAACCGUCUUUUCAGCUUCCGCCAUGAUGAGGUGGGCUUCUAUCUGCCCCAGCUCCUCAACAUGUACGUGCACAUGGACGACGACGUCGGCGACGCCAUCAAACCCUACGUGGUGCACCGCUGCCGCCACAGCAUCGACUUCUCGCUGCAGUGUGCCUGGCUCCUGGGGGCCUACUCCUCAGACAUGCACAUCUCCACCCAGCACCACUCCCGCGGCACCAAGCUCCGCAAGCUCAUCCUCUCCGACGAGCUGAAGCCCGUAGCGGCGGCGGGGGGCGGGGGGGUGGGGACCCGCCGGAAGGAGCCCGGGGCUGUUGCCCACCACCAACCCCCGCCGCCAGCGUCAGCCCCCGACACGGGCCUGUCCCCCUCCAAGCGCACCCACCAGCGCUCCAAGUCGGACGCGGCCGCCAGCGUUAGCCUGGGCAGCGGCCUGAAGCGGACGGCAAGCAACCCCAAGGUGGAGAGCCAGCCAGACGAGCAACCUGCCAGGCUGGGCCCGGAGCGGGAGUUCAUCAAGUCGUUGAUGGCCAUUGGCAAGAGGCUGGUGACCUUACCCACCAAGGAGCAGAAGACCCAGCGGCUCAUCUCCGAGCUGUCGCUGCUCAACCACAAGCUCCCGUCUCGCGUCUGGCUCCCGACGUCUGGCUUCGAGCACCAUGUGGUCCGUGUGCCCCACAACCAGGCCGUGGUCCUCAAUUCCAAGGACAAGGCUCCCUACCUGAUCUACGUGGAGGUGUUGGAGUGUGAGAACCUGGAGACGUCCCCUGUGCCCGCCCGUAUCCCCGAGAUCCGGAUCCGGAGCACGCGCUCGGUGGAGAACCUUCCAGACUGUGCCCGCGAGCAGAGGCCUGUCAGUUUCAGCACCGUGCCCAACUACGACAACGACGAUGAGGCCUGGUCAGUGGAUGACAUCGGGGAGCUGCAGGUCGAGCUUCCAGAAAUCCACACCAACAGCAGCGAUAACAUCUCACAGUUUUCUGUGGAUAGCAUCACCAGCCAGGAGAGCAAGGAGCCUGUCUUUAUAGCAGCUGGGGAUAUCAGGUAA